GAAAAAAAGUUACGUGAAUUUCAGGUGAGAAAAUUUCAAAAUUCAAAAUGGCGAAGCAACUGACUGACUACAAUCCCGAACAGGAUACCAGUGUCAUUGCCAUUGAAGCAUCCGACGAGAACAUAUUGGUGGAAUACCUCAAUUACAGCCAAGAACCGAGCGAAAAAUUUCCGGCAGAGCCCACUGAAGUGCUCGAAAAAACAUUUCAAGGCUUCACUCCAUAUAAAUUAUUGGAAAUUCUAAAGCGGACCCAAACAGGCAAAGAUAUUUUACGCAGAGCUAAACAUACAGAAUUGUCAGAGGCGUCACAAUUAAAGUUAGCUGAAAUAGUAGCGAAGCAUCAUAUAUCUCUAGGAAAGAAGACGACAGCGGAGGAUUUGGAAAAAUACAGUCUGGCCAUCGUUACGCUCUUCAAACUAGAAAGAAAGGAGAACUAAUAUAUCCCACGCGGUGGUGACCGGAAGAAUCCCGGUGGCAAAAUUGCCAAUAAAAUUGGCAAUUUAAAGCAGAGCAAAAGAAGAAGUGAUUUAAGGGAAGAAGAGCACGUAAAGAAAAUAAAACAAAAUCGUGUUGU